AUGAGCAUGAAUGACAAGCCUGUUGGACCUCUUGGAUCCAGCUUUCAGGAAGAUCAUGGAGAAAUCAGAAACAACAACAGGUGCUCUGAGCUUUCAUUGGAUGGAGAUGCCAAUGCAAACAAGAUUCAGAGUACAGAUGGUAGAACUUUGGAGGACACUGGUACUCAGUCCUCUUUUGUAUCUCACACUGAGGAACAGGACAAAAUCAUCAUCUGGGGCACAGAUUCUGAUGAUCCUGAGCUGGCAGAGUUUGAGAUGUUGGAAUGCCAGGAACUGGAGGCUUACCUUGUUGAUUCAGAGGACAGUUAUGUUAAGGAUGAUAUUACUACACUAGGUACCUUUUCCAAAACUAUCACCCAAAGUGAAGUUGAUGUUCAAAAAGACAUAAAACUGGACACAAAAGAGCAAGAAACAGCUUCCCACAAGUCCUUCAGCAAAGAGAUGGAGACAUACACUUCUAGGGCUGAAUUUAGCUCUGAUAAUGAUGUAUUUGUAUCUUGUUACUCCACAAUGUCCAGUCUUGCCUCACAGUCUUGUCUGACCAUCUCAGAUAAGAGCAGAAGUUCUCCACACACUGAAGGAACUCAUGUAGAUCUCAAUCUGAACACUACCGUUUUACCUGAGGAACUGUUUUUAGAAGCACAAGAAAACCAAGCAGCUCAAAACCAACUUGUAAAAACAUGCAAAGAAUCCUCAAGCCAGUUGAAAAAUGACAUAAAUGAAUGUAAGUUAACCACUGCAGGUGCUAAAAAUGAGCACAACAAAAUAGAAAAUGCCAGCAAGAACAAAGCAGAUGCUGCUGAAAAACACGUGACUUCAAUUAAGGAAGAAUGUAAACAUAAAGAUCCAAAAAUGGUUUCAUUUCAGCAAAAAUCUUGCCAACAAUUUGGGUCAGAUGACGAACAUUCUUUUUCUGUGGCCAGCAAGAUUCCUCAAGAUACCAGUCAUGAAAUAAAAUCUAAACAAUCCCAAAAGGAGGAAACUUUAGAAAUGACUCAAAACUCCUUUAAGCCAGACUCAACAGAAACACCCAGUCACAGUGUAGUAGUGGAACCCAGAUUGUGCCAGAAACAGGCAUCUUUUGAAAGAACUCAGAGUGCUAGUCCAUCCACCCUGGAAAAGCAAAUGCCAUGGGGCACUUCAUCAUGCCCCUCUACUCCUCCAUCUUCCAAGACCACCAGCUCCCCAAAACGACAACCAGUUUCUUCACCAGCCAAGACUGUAAGCACACGAACUCCAAGCCAUGAACCUUCUGGUUCUCCACAGAGGCUUGCUAGUGGUUUGAAGCUUCCAAGUAAAAGCUAUUUCAGUAGUGGCAUCCCAAAACCAAUUCCUCCUCAACAGCCAUCUAAAUCAGAAUCUGAAUUUAUGAAGUCUUCUCCUCCUCAAAGGCCUAAAAAUAUCCGCCCAAAAAUCAUCACUUACGUCCGUAAGAGCCCUCAGCCAAAGCCACAUUCUACAGAGAGUCUAUAUGAAGCAUCUACUUUGCCUUCGAGGCUUUCACCAUACUCUAGUAUGCCAGCCACAAAAGAGCAAAAAAUUGCAGGAUCCAGAGGCUCACCAGUGACGAGCUCCUCCAGUAUCAUCCAUGACAAGCAUCGACAGGAAUUGCAGAAAUCAGGAUACUACUCACAACCUGGCCUGAUGGUAUCUGGCAUCAGACUACCUGCUCAUACUGUACCUCAUAAAAUGGUAGGAAAGUCAGAAAGUUUCCAUGGUGAACUCCCAGGCAAAUAUCUGCAUGAGGUGGGCAGAGGUAGCCAACUUGGUGCAUAUGAAGUACCUGGUGCAUAUCGAUCACCAAGAGCUCUAAGGCCUCAGCUUGGCCUUGGAGCAGUCACAAGACAACCAACAACCAAAGCUAGGAUGCCGAUGACAGGACAGAGGUCAACUUCACCUCUUAGCCACUCAGCUUCAAUGGGGCAGCCGACACACUGCUACCAAGACACCAAAGGGGAGCCAAAGAAACCAAUAUUAGAGGUCGCUCCCAAGUCCUUCCUCCCCAAAUCAGGUCAGUCUGGCCUGCGCCCUCCGGGUUUCUCCCACCUACCUACUGCUCGCCUUGCUGCUUUCGGCUUCGUUCGCAGUGCCAGUGUGUCCUCUGUGUCCAGCAACCAAUCCAGUGAUAGUACUCGUAGCAGCCCAUGCCGCCCUCCUCACUGUCAAAGCAAUGAAAAUGAGGAGACCCUCGUGCCUCGUGCUCCUUUCUCCCCCAGUGAUGGUAGCAGUGGUAGGCGAUCGAGCUGUGGAAGUACCCAGAGUGCAAACCGCCGCUCUAUGGUGCCUCCACCACAUGGUUCACCUGCUGCUGCUAGAAAGGAGUUUCACAGAGAUGGAGAUGUUGCUCAUCCUGUGCUGUCCUCCCCAAAGAGAUUUGCAGUGGUCUCACCCAAGCUUCAUUCCCCUGUGCGUCAGAAGUCAUGUGUGGCACGUCUCGGAGGCAGGACAGAGAGAUUGAAUGCAGAGCAUGAGCACCUCCUGGCAGUACAGGGGCUGAAAGAGCGAUGUGAGGAACAGGCCAAGCAGAUCAUCACCCUGCAGGCCCAACUCAGAAAAACCUCACUCUGCAUGGAUGUCUUGGCAAUUACCACUCAGCAGUUCUGCCACAAGAAUGAGAAUGCUUUGGUGAAGGAGAGGGAAUUGUCCCUGGAGCUUUCCAGGAUCAGGGAUGAAGUGGUGGUCAGCGUGGGCCGGUGGGAGCGUUUGCAGGGUGAGAAGGCUGAGCUGGAGCGUACUUUUGAGCAGCAGCUGAGGAAGCUGAAGGAAGAGCAGGAGAAGGAUCUGCAGGAUCUGCAGGAGAGGCUGAGAAAAGAGCAGCAGGAGGAGAUUGAGCUUCUGCAGCAUCAGCAGAGCAGCCAGCUAGAGCAGCUCAGCUCCCAGCACCAACAGCAGGUGGAGGAGAUGAGUGAGAGCCAUGAGGCGGCCAUGCUGGAGAUGGAGGCCGCUCAUAACGCCACACUGGUCACUCUACAGGAGGAGCAUGCUAGGACGGUCAAAAAUCUCAAGAUGGCACAUGAGCAGCAGAAGAAAUCUCUGGAAGAAGAAUUUGAAAAACUCAGAUUGUCACUGCAGGAUCAGGUGGACACACUGACGUUUCAGAACCGCAGCUUGAGCGACCGAGCCAAGCGCUUUGAGGAGGCACUGCGUAGAAGUACAGAUGAACAGAUUGUGGAAGCUUUGGCCCCAUAUCAGCACAUAGAAGAGGAUCUAAAGAGUCUCAAAGAGGUUCUGGAGAUGAAGAAUCAACAAAUCCACCAACAAGAAGUCAAGAUAUCUGAGUUGGAGAAACUGGCCCAGAAGAAUGCCUUAUUAGAAGAGCGUGUUCAGGUUCUACAGCAGCAGAAUGAGGACCUUAAGGCGAGAAUAGACCUCAACCUUGCCAUGUCCAGACAACUGUCAGAGAAGAAUGCUAACCUGCAGGAGUAUGUGGAGAAGGAAAGUAAUGAGAAAAAGCGACUGAGUCGCACAAACGAGGAGCUGCUCUGGCGUCUGCAAACGGGCGAACUGAGUCCACGCAUGUCACCCAACCAGUCGCCACUCCAUCAACCUUCUCCAGGCCAAGGCUCACCAUCCCAUCUCCCUCCCUUUCCUAGAUGA